CUGGUAUUUUAAGUAUUGGUUGGUAUGAAAUAAAUUGGUUGCCGUCCAGCAAGCCGGAGGUAAGCGGCGGCUGUGUUUACAAACCCCGAGGAGCAGACCCGCGGCGACCAUGUCCGAGGAAACCAAGAAGGAGGAGAAGCCAUCAGAACACAUCAACCUAAAAGUGGUGGGUCAAGAUGGCCAAAUUGUGCAUUUUAAGAUUAAAAAACAUACAUCCCUUAAGAAGCUCAUCAAUGCAUACUGUGAAAGAUCGAAACUCGUUCAAACUACAGUGAGGUUUAGAUUUGAUGGGCAGCCCAUAUCUGAAAAUGACACUCCACAAGGCUUAGAAAUGGAAGAUGGUGACACCAUUGAGGUCUACCAGCAACAGACAGGGGGCAGCUGCCAUCAUCACCUCCAACCCUUGUGACCCUCCUGUGUUUUCAAGUCCUCUUGAUUAAGCUGUUUACCCUUCAGCCUCUGCUAACUGUGUCCUAUGGAAAAAGUAUCUUCUGAUAUUUUUAUGAAAAUAAUGAUGCUCAAGUAAGAUGUUUUAUUGUCUGUUGUAUAUCUACUUGUUCUGAGAAGGUGUUAUAAAAUGCAACUUUUCUUUGUUUCCAAGACAAGGCUACAUUUUUUAAUGUAUUGUUCUUUUCCACAUAUAUUAUUACAGUGAACUCCCAUUAACCUGGACUCCAUCAUUUAUGAGUUUUGCUCAGUCUGGACCAUCAGAGGAGUCUAGUGGACAUCCUAUAGUUUGAAUUGGUCCACUAGAACAGAAAAUAUUUUUCUCCUGUCCUUCAUAAAAGGUGUCACAUAAUUCUUCUUCACCAGUAUUUAGUUUCAGUAGACUGCAAGUGGCCACUGUAUAUACUGUUUUUUGCUAAAAAACAAACAAAUGAUAUGGUCCUUUUCCUCUUCAGUCUCCUGCUUCACUUGAAGUUAAGCUAUCUGAUGUUAUUUAGCAUCAUAAAACAGUCUCUUGCUCCUUCUCCAUCUCACUUUUUUUCAUUUACUGUAAUUACCAGAUUAGGUCCAAGCCAAAAGUGAACAGAAAUUAUCAGCUGUGGUCAGGCAUCAUCUAGAGUUUUAUGUAAUAUAAUUUGUAUUGCACAAACCCAACAUCUUCAGUACCAUUUCAGUCAGAUUUGAAACAUUGUUGCAAGGAUGCAUUGAAUCAUGUUAUGGAGUCAUGGUAUGAAUUCAUACUAUACCAUAGAAUUAGCAAUGCCAAGUAGGUCAUAUGGGAUAGAGAGAAAUGUUAUUUUCUCUGAAUUACCAGAAUAGAAAAUGGUAUCUUUGAUAAAUAGUGUUUCUUAAACUUGGUCCUUAAUCACACUUUCUACUCUUCCAUAGCAGUUUGUAUUUUUCUUUCUUUAUAUCUCCACCUUUACCUAAGCCCUACGAUUUAGUUAAUGUGGAAAUUGGAUUAUGGUGUUAUGUUUGCUUUUAUUUGGUUUAUUAUUUUUUUUUUAUUUUUUAUUUUUUUUUUACCAUUUUUUUAUGACUCACAGUUUGAGAAGACUUAGAUGUAUUACACUUUGGAAUGGAAGUAAAGGUGUUUUAAGUUCUUGGUUGUAGUUGUGUCUGGUGGAGGCUUUUGGCCAACCUGUUGUGGACCCAGUGAUCAUGACCAUUGUUGGUUUCUAUGGCACCACUCUGCACCUGAACCACUUAUGCACCUGGCCCAAGAUACUUUAACGAUAUUUAUAGAUUUUAUAAUUUGAUGGUGUCUUGUAGAAAUUAAGUAUGGCUUCAUUUUCAACAGCUCUUAUUUUCUCAAUUCAGUAAUGUGUGUAAUCUUUAAAUUACAACAUUCAUAUAUUUGAAAAAUAAGAAAAUUAAAUGUUAGAUGGCCAUACAUUACAAGCCUAAUUACAAUGAAAAUUAUUUUUUCAGCAGAAGUUGAAUAUUUUGUACUUGAUUUUAUACUUGAUGCUGUGAGGAAUGAAUGAAUUGAGACUUUAAUGUCUUAUAAACAGGAGAGAUUCUUUUCGUAAACCCUUCAGGUGUUGUAAAUUAUUAGGAUGUUGAUAGCUACAGUAAUUAUUGAAUGUAGACCAAAAUGAUUGCUAAGUGCAUAUAUUACAAAUUAAACCUAAGAAUGACUUGUAACUUUGUACAAUUCCUAAAGUAAUAUUAGUACUUGCAUUUAAGUCAGUAGUUUGUAUGAGUCACCUGAGUAUUUUUCCUCAGAUAUGAUAAAUACUUGUGUUUAGGUAAGUUAUUAGUUUGUAUGAGGUAACUCCCAGCUGUGUGCAUCAAGGAAACAUCAUACACAGAGCUUGUACAUUAUUUUGCCAGUGACUUAUGGUGCAGUAGAUAGUGUUCCCUCUUGUACACUCCCCACCUGGGAAUGAAAUUGCCUCAGCAGUUGCUUUGUUCUUGGUGCUGGAGAAUGCCACCAAGGCAAAGGAGCAUUGCUGGUUUAGUGGGGCAGAGGCUGUCAUACUUAUGAAACCCCAUUUAAUAAUAAUGUGCAAGAAAAUAAUAUUUUUGUAUUAGAUUUCAGGUUAAUUGUUUAUUAAUUGUUGAUCCUCAGUGUAAACUCUCACAACUAACAACUCCCAUGUUUACUCUUGUCACUCGUUUUAAUUCUGUAUAGUAAUUGUUCUUAUUAAAUCACUUCACUGCCCCA